ACCAUUUGCAUUAUUCUUCUUUUCUUUUCAUAUCUCAUCUACAUUUAUCCAUCUUCUAUCUUCCUGUUUCUUUCUAUCUCAACUUCUCAACACAACAGACUAGUCUUGGCAGACCAGAAGACAGAAGAGAGGAGAGAGAAACACACACAAAAAGUAAGAGAGAGAAAGAGCCUGUUGUUCACUUCACAAAGUUCAGCUGCUUCUACUUCCAGCACUCUUUCUUUGCUUUUAAGUUUUGCACAGAUAUAAAAAAAAUAAUUUUUUUUUUGAAAAAGCAACACCCUUUUGCUUACUGAUCUUGUUCUCUUUGUCUUCCUUGCCGUCAGGUAGUUUUCUUCACUUAUGCUUUCUCAUAUAGCGUGGAAAUCCACGUUUUUGUUCUGUGAUUUUUUUUUGUUUGUUUUUAAAGUUCAUGUUUUUCUGGGCAUGGGACUUUUCGUUGGGAUUAAGGCAGUGAAAGACGUUGAGAAUUUUUAGAGACUGGUAAUUUUUUUAGUAUGUUGUGAUUGGAUUAGAUGCGUUAUUCUUGUUGUCUUUGAUUCUCCUUUUGAUUUUUUUUGUUUAUUUUGGUAUAUGAUUCUGUGUUAGUUUAGUCAUGUUUCUGGAAAUUUUUUGUUGUUUAUUGCUAUUAUUUUGAAAGAAUCACUUUCUAUUGUAUGGUUUUGUGAUGAAGGUGAACUUAUUUUCUCUGAUUUGUUAGAAUUUAGUUUUCCUGUGUCACAUCAAAUCCUUAAUAUAAAUCAGACAGCACAUGCUCUCAUUGCUUUGAUCUGAUUUAUUGUUUUUUCGUGUUGGCUGCAAGUUUACAUAAUAUUGGUCUAGUAAAAUUACCUCCCAUAGAAUCUAUAUUUACCGUUACUCAGAUUCUUCAGAACUGGCAAUAGUAUUUCCAUUUUCUUUUUCCAUGUAUCGAUCUAUCUAUCUAUCCGUUCUUAUUAGCAUUUUUAGAAUUUGGUUUUACAGCAUUAAAAUUCUGUUUUCUUUGUCACAUUAUCUAAUGGCUUCUGCAUUAUGUGACAUAAUUCAGCUUCUGCAUCUUCAGAUAGGGAGGGGAACUUGUGUUUUUUCAGAGUACAUCUUGGUCUGUUAAGACUGUUACUAGCUGGAGAGUCCUUGAUUUAUUCUAAGGGGCAAGAGAAAAACGUCUAAAGAUGGGUUAUAUAUGUGAUUUUUGUGGAGACCAGAGGUCCAUGGUGUACUGCCGUUCUGAUGCUGCAUGCUUAUGUUUGUCUUGUGAUCGGAAUGUUCAUUCUGCUAAUGCCCUUUCCAGGCGUCAUUCACGCACCCUUUUGUGUGAGAGAUGCAAUUCACAACCUGCCUUUGUGAGAUGUGUUGAAGAGAAAAUUUCUCUGUGUCAGAAUUGUGAUUGGUUGGGUCAUGGAGUCUCUACAUCUUCGACACAUAAGAGACAAGGAAUCAGUUGCUACUCUGGCUGCCCUUCAGCCGCGGAACUGUCUUCAAUAUGGUCAUUUGUCUUGGAUAUCCCUUCCAUUAGGGAGUCUACAUGUGAGCAAGAACUAGGCUUAAUGAGUAUUAAUGAGAACAGCGAGAGUGUUGGAGUUCCACCUGAAAACGGGAAUGUGUCUGUUUCAGAUCAAGUUACUGAUCUACCUGCUUUGGACAGGUCUUUCGUUGGUACAUCUUCAAUACCCGAGUCAAGCUCCGAAACUCGGAUUCUGGACCAGCCAGAUGGACCUGCCAAUGAAUGUCUGCCAAAGUUGUACUGUCCUGCUACAAAAUGCCCUGCAUUAUGUGAAGAUGACAAUCUAUAUGAUGAUUUUGACAUGGAUGAAGUGGAUCUAAAUCUUGAGAACUAUGAAGAACUUUUUGGUAUGGCCCUCAGUCAUUCCGAAGAGCUAUUUGAAAACGGUGGAAUUGAUAGUUUAUUUGGGACAAAGGACAUGUCUGCCGGAGAUUCCAGUUGUCAGGAUGCUAUUGCUGCCGAGGGGUCAUCGGUUGGACUGGUCAAUGCAACACAACCAGCUUGCAGCAACGCAGCAUCUGCAGAUUCCAUUUUGAGUACUAAAACCGAACCGAUUCUUUGUUUCACGGGGAGGCAAGCACAAUCAAACCUUUCUUUUUCUGGCAUUACCGGAGAAAGUAGUGCUGCAGACUAUCAAGACUGUGGGACUACUUCCAUGCUUCUCAUGGGAGAACCUCCUUGGUUUGCUCCUUGUCCUGAGAAUUCCUUACAAUCUGCCAACCGCAGCAAUGCUGUCUUGCGUUACAAGGAAAAGAAGAAGGCACGAAAGUUUGAAAAACAAGUGCGGUAUGCCUCUCGCAAGGCAAGGGCCGACAUAAGAAGGCGUGUGAAGGGCCGGUUUGUGAAAGCCGGCGACGUGUACGACUAUGACCCUUUGAGCACAACCAGAAGCUGCUGAGAGAGGGGGGUCUUGAUGUUCUUCAAUGAGGAAAAUGGCUCUGUGUUCUCCAACUGUGUAAGCUCUCUUUCCUUCACUGUGAAGGAUGUUAUCACAAAGUGCUUGAACUUGGCAAUUUCUGCUGCAUGAUUCUUUUCCAAGAAUUCAAAAGACUUCUAAUCUAAGUUCUUUGGCACUAACCAUACUUGAAUGUUUGUGAUGUGAUGAUGUAAACUUCCCUAUGCUAUAGUCACAUAUAGAAGUGCCUGAGAUGGCAUCAUAAGUGGCUCAAUUCAACAGUUCCAUAUAAACAAAUUAGCAAGAUUGUAAAUUGUAAUAUUUGGCCUCUUGGCAUUGACAUGUGUAUAGCACACAUUUUAGAUGUAUAAUUUUGUCAACUCUUUUCAUGUAAUUAGACAAAAUUUGUAUAUUCAAUGUCCCAUGUAUAGAUUAGGAUACUAUGCAUUUUGAUGGCAGCUUAUAUUCUAUUCAA